AUGAACAGUCCAACGAUUCGAUUGAAAAUGAUGAAGACACUGGUUAAUGUUUUUAUUGACCAUAACGAUGAUCGACGUUAUAAAUGUCCCGUCGAAGGAUGCAAUAAACGCUACAAAAACUUGCAAGGUGCCAAACAUCAUGCUCGGCAAGUGCAUGGUAUAAAUGACGAUUCUGUCGGUGUUGUCACUUCAAUUGAUAUAUUACCUCGACCUGGAAAUACGAGUGUUGGACCUGCUCAACCACCAGUUACCAAAUAUGCAAGUAUGCGCCCUUAUAAAUGUGCUCAUUGCACAAAACGAUAUAAAACUAUGGUCGGAUUAAGUAAUCACAUGCAACAAGGUCAUCAGCGGCUCAGUAUACCUACGUCCACUACGAAUCUUACCACCAAUCUUGUUCCCGUUUCUCCUUCGGCUGUUUCGAAUUCAACUUCAACACAUCUGCAUACGCAGAGUGGUGCCCAAGAAUCUCAUAAUAGUAUUGGCAGUUUACGUGAAGAAGCUCAAAACCCAACUCAGGUUAAUGUGUGCAUCGCAAGUCCUUAUAAUUCGAGUACAGCUCCAAUGAAUGUAAUACCACCUGGAAUGAGAGUAACUGCACAAACAAUGUCAUCAGUAAUUGGUCAUCAAUACCAGAAUCAAAUUUAUCCUUCAAAUAAAGGAGCUUCUGUACAUGGGACCAAUAUACAAGUAAGGACUGUUGGCAACGUACUUGGCAUAUCAAGAACAACACCAUUACCAUAUCAAGUUCCAGUGGCAACCAACGAUGUUUCUCAACAGGUAGAUGCACAAAUUCCUAAUAAAGUACCACAAAGAGUUACGAGUAACCAAACUUCAUUGAAUCGUUCACAUUAUCAACAGUUUAAUCAAGCAUAUCUGCAACGUGCUAGGAUGUCAUCAAAUCAUUCAAGUAGUUCUAUUAAUGUACAAUAUAACAACGAUAUUCCGUUGAAUACAUCUUCCAAUUCUGAUUCACAGGGUAUAAGUGGACAAUCUGGUCGCGUACAACAAUUUUGA